AUGAGUCAAUCAAAUGCACAUUCAUUUGGCAAUAAUAUCGGUGCCGGCGAUAGUGAUAGUGAAUACAUACUCGUUGUGGACAUCGGGACCACUAAUCUUCGUGGACACAUCUACGACAUCAGGAGUCGACUGAUUGGCGAGUCUGUCAUCCCAAUUGAGUUAUUGAACCCACGUUUGGGUUACUAUGAGAUCGACGCACAAUCACUUUGGGAGGCAUUCCUCCUAUCCAUCCAAAGAGCCAUUGAAUUGGCCAACAUCAGUAUCACACAAAUACUAUGCAUCGGAAUCUCCACAAUGAGGGGAACAUUCAUCACGUGGGACCGGGAGACGGGACAACCAUUUCAUAACUUCAUCACAUGGAAGGACAUCCGAUCGGAACAGCUGUGCAACCAAUGGAAUGACUCGAUGCGCAUGAAGUGCCUUAAAAUGGGCGCCAAAUUUGUCCACUUCUUCAGCCGUUCCGAUCGCUUUUUGGCCGCUUCUCUGCUGAGGUUCACCACAGGAAUGGUUGUCAUGAGAUUGGUUUGGGUUCUGCAGAACAUCCCGGAAGUGAGACAGAGGGCCGUCGAGGGGAACGCCCUCUACGGGACGGUCGACACGUACCUCAUANCCGCCUUCAAAGACAGCACAACUCAACACAACUCAAUCAUAAGUGAAAUGCGCUCGCAAUACCUUUGUGGCAUAUGUAGGGCCGAUGCCCUUCUUCGUCGUCCCGAUGCUCUUCUUUCCCCUGUCUUUCUCUUGCAAUCCAUCGACCGUUUGGUGAAAAUCAAACACUAA